GCCACCGCAUUACCUUUGGGAGAGCUCAAUUGGUGCGCUUCUCCGGGGGCCGUCAUGGACCCUGCCCGAUACCCACUCCAACAGCUCACGUUGCCCGCUGCUCGGGCCGCCAACGCGCUGACUGAGCACACUGUUGUCUCCCAGCCAUCCUCCGAAGUCUGGAGACAUGAUAGAAAACUAACACAUUUUGCUCUCACGUUGCCAUCCAUGACGGAUCAUGGCCGAUUGAAUGGCGCAGUCUCGCGUUCCGACAUCCCCGUGGACUCUUGGGGCUCAUCCGAUCUCUUCCCCGAGAAGCUCAGUCGAGACCGCCGGCUCCACGUGGGCGGCGGUGGCGGCAUCUAGAAUUAAGCAUGGCACAUGAGCGCCAUGUCUCCCAGCAAGCGGCAGUCGAACCACCCCUGCGCAUGGGGAGGCUGUUGUGCAACUCCACCGACCGUCGAGAGCUCCGAUACGGCUUCCCCCCUCUCGGGGAUGCAGCUCGCCCCGAUGGUUAGAAAAGCAGCUCCUAGCAGACUUGCAUAAUAGUAUUUCACUCCUCGCUGCCAGUUUUAACGCCAUCAUUGGCAUCGACCUUUCUCCUAAGCGACAAUGUCGUCGUCCAAGGAAACCGUUGUCGUACGUCCGAAAGGGAUUCCCCUUCGUGAGGAUGACGCACGACCGGAUUACUGCAACGAGGCCGUUUUCCGCAGGAACUGCCUCCCCACGCGUUCGUACUACAUCCCGGAGACAUCACUUGAGCUGAAUGGCACCUGGGACUUCCACCUGUCAUCGACGGCGAACGGAGCGCCCGACCCGUCCGACUCUGGCAGCAUUGACUGGAAGCCCCUCACGGUCCCAGGCCACUGGCAGCUCCAGGGUUACGGAAAGCCGUGGUACACAAAUACCCAGUUUCCCAUUCCCGUAUGCCCGCCAUACGUGCCGACGGAGAACCCCACGGGCGUAUAUCGCCGGAGCUUCCAACCGCCCGCGGACUGGCCCCAUGACUCUCAGUUGCGACUGCGUUUCGAUGGCGUCGACAGCGCCUAUCACGUUUAUGUCAAUGGGACUCUGGUCGGCUACGCGCAAGGCUCGCGCAACCCGGCUGAGUUUGACAUUGGCAAGUACGUCGAUCGCGAUGGGUCCAAUGAGCUUUUUGUCAAGGUUUACCAGUGGUGUGACGGCACCUAUAUUGAAGAUCAAGACCAGUGGUGGCUCUCGGGCAUCUUCCGCGACGUCCAUCUUAUCUCUUUCCCAGAGAGCUUGAGGAUCGAGGACUGGUUCUUGAGGACUGACCUCGACUCUCAGUAUAAAGACGCCACGUUACAGGCGACCGUCGACGUGCAGACACACAGCGAAGCGACAGUCACAUUGACGCUAUCCGAGCUGCAAAACAACGGUGGCGCUGUUUUGGGUUCUAUCGAGGCUGUGAUCGGCCCCGGUGACACAAAGGUCGAUCUCAGCCUGCCCGUUUCCGACCCUCGGAAGUGGACGGCGGAGACGCCCAACCUAUAUACUGUCACGCUCUCCUUGAGCAGUGGCGCUGGCCGGCCCUACACUAUUGACCAGAGGAUCGGUUUCCGCAAAGUCGAGAUCCUCAACGGCCUUUUGACUGUCAAUGGCACGCCCAUUCAACUCCGCGGUGCCAAUAGACACGAACAUCAUCCGCUGCAUGGCCGUGCCGUUCCAAUGGAUUUUGCCCGGCAAGACCUUCUUCUCAUGAAGCAAUACAACAUCAACGCCCUUCGUUGCGCACAUCAGCCCAACAACCCUAAACUCCUUGAUUUGUGUGAUGAGAUUGGCCUAUGGGUCAUGGACGAGGCGGACCUGGAAUGUCACGGCUUCUAUGAUGCCGUGGCACGACCACAAGAUAUCGCAGAGGAGAUUGACUAUGAGGAGCGCAAAAAGGUCACGUUCCCCCAGGCCGCCAAGUACACCACAGACAAUCCGUCAUGGGAGGCGGCAUACGUGGAUCGUGCUCGAGCCUUGGUUCAGCGUGACAAGAAUCACCCGAGUAUCAUCAUCUGGAGCCUCGGCAAUGAGGCCUUCUACGGUUGCAAUCAUAAAGCCAUGUACCAUUACAUCAAGGCAUUCGAUCCGAGCCGACCCGUUCACUACGAAGGCGACGUUCACGCUGAAACCGCCGAUAUGUACAGCUAUAUGUAUCCAUCCGUGGAUCGCCUCAUUAAGCUUGUGCAAGAAGAGGGUGUUGAGAACGGCAAGUUCACGAAGCCAGUCAUCCUAUGCGAGUAUGCCCAUGCGAUGGGCAACGGCCCCGGCGGCCUUGAAGAUUACGAGAGGGUCUUCACCGACUACCCUCGUAUCCAAGGUGGCUUCAUCUGGGAGUGGGCAAACCAUGGCCUCUGGACGGAGAACGAUGACGGACGUGGUGGGUACUAUGCUUACGGCGGCGACUUUGGCGACACUCCCAACGACGGCACUUUCGUCAUGGACGGCCUGCUUAACAGCUUGCACCAGCCUAUGCCCGGAUUGAAUGAGCUGAAAGUAGUGAAUCAGCCGAUCCUCUUCGCGGUUGUUGGUGGCCAAUUGAUCGUAGAGAAUCGAUACAACUUCAGGAGCCUGGACGACCACAAGCUUACCUACACUGUCAGAUACUUUGACGACGGUGAGACCAUGACUCAUACCGGAGAGUUGAGCCUCCCCACAGCCAAGCCAGGAGAAAAAGCACUGGUUACGGAUUUACAGACCAUUGCUUCCGACGAGUCAAGAGCCGGACGGGACACCUAUCUAGUCUUGUCUGUCACCUUGGUGGAGGCGACCCUUUGGUCGCCUGCUGGCCAUGAAGUUGCCUCGUUUGAGCAUCAACUUGGUUCGUCGCCAAACGCCCCUCGCAGUUACCGUCCUCUACCCAACGGGGGUUCUCAGGUUGUUCCUCGCGAGUUGUCCAUCGUUGAGUCUCGAGGGAGCACGAUUAUCAGUGGAGACGACUUCGAAUUCUCUUUCGACAGUGCCCGGGGUUUGCUCAGGGGCUGGACAAGCAAGCAGCGGACCCUGCUUGAGCCGGAUGCUGACACUGGGGCUGCGCUAUGUCUCUCCUUCUGGAGACCGGCUACGGACAAUGACAUGGCACUGUCUCUGCCCUACUGGAAGCGAUUUGGCGUUGACCGGCUGACCAGUCAACUUCGGUCUAUGGGUGUUGACGCUACCGACCCUCAGGCGGUCAUCGUCAAGACACAUACAUUUUUCUCCACCCCCGUGCUUGCUUGGGGCUGGGACUGCGAGAUGGAGUACACCAUAAAGUCGGAUGGGACAUUGCGGGUGCACGUCACCCAUUUGACUCCAUCUGGGUACAUGCCAACGCACGUGCCCAGAAUUGGGUUCAAUUUGCGCCUCAGCAAGACUCUUUCCGAGGUCCAGUGGUUCGGACACGGGCCAGGGGAAAGCUACCCUGACAAAAACGCCUCGGUGCGUACCAAUGUUUGGAAGCAAUCUGUACCCCAGAUGCAGGUGUCGUAUGAUGUUCCCCAGGAGAACGGCAAUCGCGGUCGCACCCGUUGGGUCGAGAUCAGACACCCCGCGGAAUCCUUAGCAGGAAUCCGCGCGGUUCGCAUUGGUGACGACACCUUCUUUGACUUUGCUGCCUCUCAUCACAGCACACAGACUAUCCAAAACGCAAAACAUCCCGCUGAUCUUUUCGAGGACGAUGCGACUCUGCUCCGGCUGGAUGCCAAGGUCGCGGGUGUGGGCAGUGCCGCAUGCGGGCCGGGGGUGCGUGAAGACCUGUUGGUCAAGUGUGAGGAAAUUAGCUUCGGGUUCGAGCUCACGAGUCUCUAAAUGAGGCUUGCGAUACACGUGGCUUCAGUGGCUUGUCUAGUACAAUGUUGAUUGCAUGCUUAGAGAAAGGUAGAGACCGGACUGUUUACAUGGC